AUGGCUGAAUUCGUGAUCCAAGACGACAAGCUUUCUGCCCUGAGUGGCAAGGUUGUUAUUGUCACUGGUGGUUCUUCUGGAAUCGGAUUAUCUACUGUGGAUUUCCUUCUAUCCCUGGGUGCUUCAGUCGUCAGCGGAGACGUCCAGCCUCCCCAGAAGCAACACGAGGGUCCUUUCACCUUUUUCAAGACUGACGUUUCAGUCUGGGCUGAUCUCGUUGCUCUUUUCAAAAAAGCAAAGGAAGUCUAUGGUCGUAUCGAUCAUGUCUUUGCCAAUGCUGGUCUCGGGCCUCGUGCGGAUUACCUGUCCACACAGGUUGACGAUAAUGGCGACCUUAUCGAGCCCACACAUGCGCUCAUGGACGUCAGCUUGAAGGGUGUUGUCAACACAUGUACUCUUGCUAUUUACCAUCUGAGGCAACAAGCUGAGGGUGGAAGCAUUGUCAUCAGCGGUUCUACCACUGGUCUGCAGCGUGUGCGUGCUGUUGAUUACUCAACUGCCAAGCAUGGAGUCCUAGGCUUCGGUAGAGGUCUUGUUCCUCUUCUCGGUGCUGCUCAACUUCCUAUCCGCGUCAACACUCUGGCGCCCAGUUGGACGGAAAGCAGUGUCCUGCCUGAGCUCAAGACACUACUUGGUGCCAUCAACGUUGAGUUACAGCCUGCUUCUGUUGUUUCUCGAUGCGCCGCUUUCUUGAUGGCUGAUGACUCCAAGAAUGGACAGCUUGUGCACAUUGAGCGUGGCAAGUAUGCCGAGAUUGACGAGGCUGUCUUACUGCCUGCUUUCGGAAAGAUCAAGAGCGAUGAUUACCCUUGGGAAGAUGAUGUUUUGAGGCGUUUGGGAGAACUUGCAUAG